AUGGAACCCAUUUCUUCAGGAUUUAUGCAAGAUGUAGAGUAUAGUGAGGCAAUAAGAGAAAUCAGAAUCAAGGCAGCUGUUGAAAGUAUACCUCAAUUUGAUGGUAAUUCAUAUAAUCUCUUUAGAUAUGUAAGCAUAGUAGAUUCAAUUUUAGAAGACGUUAAUUUUGAAACAUAUGAAAUAAUAUCUAAAAUUGCUCUUAGUAGAUUAUAUGGAUCAGCAUUUAAUUGCAUAAGGUGGUCUGAUUAUAAGUUAUGGGAAGAUAUUAAACCAAUUUUAAUUAAUAAAUUCAAAGAUUCCCGAUCAAUUACAGAUUUGCAUUAUGAAUUAGCUACAGUGAAAAGAAGAAAUGAGGAACCAACGGAGAAAUUUGCUGAGAGAAUUGAUGAUCUGCUAAUGUUAAUUUAUAUUGAAUGCUAUUUUUCAAAAAAGGAAACAAUUUAUGCCUCAUAUUGCGAUUUAGCUCUAGCUGUUUUCUUUGAAGGCCUCCAGUUGGAAAUAAAAACUAUUGUUAAAGGAGCCAAACCAAAAAAUCUUGAGGAAGCUAAGAAUAUUGCCAUCAAAGAGGAGAAGUAUUUAAAUAUUACCUAUGGCAAACAAUAUAACCGCUACGUUGUGUGUAGAUAUUGCAGGAAAAGAGGACACCACAUUUCAAAAUGUGAAAAAAUUCGCCAAAAAUCGAUAUAUGAAGAAAAAACUAGUUUCAGACAAAAUGGAAUUUAUGAAGAUAUUAACCAAGGCAAACACAACGAUAGCUACGAUGCUUUAAACUAUGGAAAUACUAUGAUUUUAGAAAAUACAAGAAAAAAUGACGGCAUAGACAACACAUUCAAAUCUACUGAAGAAGAAUCCGAAGAAUACACAGUCGAAAAUCUGACUCAAAACACUGAAACCGAAGAAUUGACGACAAUUACUGCAGAAAUAUUAGAUGAAGAUGAAGAUGAAGAAAAUUUGAACAUACGAAUGGCUGAAUUUGAAGAAAUCCAAGAUGCGAAAAAGAAGAAGAAGAAGUAUAUUAAAAGAAGUCGUAUUAACGACAAAAUUAUAGAAAAAAGUAUACAAGAGGUCAAGGAGCACAAAAUACAUGUUAUAAGAAAAAUACCGCCACAAUGGAAACUAUCAAAAAAUGAUUUAGCAGCCACAAUAGACGUGUUCAAUGACAAGAAUAUAAAUUUAAUUAAAAAUGAAGAAUUUGCAAAUUUACAAAGUCCGAGCAGCAAAAAAAAAUCCAAUCAAUAUGACAAUUAUAGUUUCCUUAUUGACACUUCUGCCUCAAUGAAUCAGAGGGCGUAUUUAGGCGGACGCCCCACGUUAUUAGAUGUAGCAAAGGGCGCCGUGGAGACGUUUGUCAAGGUUCGGCAGAGAUCGCAAGAAAGUCGAGGCGAUAGGUACAUGUUAUUGACAUUUGAAGAACCGCCAAUGAACAUAAAGGCAGGAUGGAAAGAAAACAUAACUACAUUUACAAAUGAAUUGAAAAAUUUGCAAUGUUAUGGUAUGACUACUAUGGGUGCUGCUUUGAAGCAUGCUUUUGACGUUUUGAAUAUAAAUCGUAUGCAAACUGGCAUUGAUACUUAUGGCCAGGGUCGAUGUCCUUAUUUCUUAGAACCUUCAGUAAUCGUUGUUAUUACUGAUGGAGGCAAAUUAUCUUCCAAUGGGGGUGUUCAUGACGAAUUCAAUUUACCGAUGCAUUCUCCAAUUCCUGGCUCUGAAUUAACACGAGAGCCGUUUCGCUGGGAUCAACGACUGUUUUCUUUAGUCUUGAGGUUGUCUGGUACACCUGCAGUGGAAAGAGACAGUGGCUUAGUUCCUAGCGAUUCCUCCCCUAUAGAUGCUAUGUGUGAAGUCACAGGAGGCCGUUCAUAUUGCAUUACAUCACAUCGGAUGUUAAUGCAGUGUAUUGACAGUUUAGUACAAAAAGUUCAAUCAGGAGUUGUUAUCAAUUUUGAGAAAAUAGGACCAGAUCCCCCCAGUUUAGAUAUAAAUAUGGACAUCGACUCGAGGGAUGGAGAGAAUAUACUAGAAGUAGAUGAAAGAAAUGGAUUUCGUGCUGGAAAUUUUCCAACUUGGCAAUCAUGUAGAAGAUUAAUAUAUGUUCCAAGAACGACGGCACAAAAAGGGUUUGCUAUUGGUUAUUGGCCUAUACCUGAAUCGUUUUGGCCAGAUCUGGGAGCUGCUGCACUUCCACCAAGAUCUGCCCAUCCAAAUGUGAAAUUUACUUGUACAAGCCAAGAACCAAUGGUAAUAGAGAAUUUACCUUUUGAUAAAUAUGAAUUAGAACCUAGUCCUUUAACUCAAUACAUUCUAGCAAGAAAACAGCCUACAGUAUGCUGGCAGAUAUUUGUAGCUAAUAGUUCAAAAAGUGGAGAAAUUGGUCACCCAUUCGGGUAUUUGAAAGCUAGCACAAAUUUGAGUUGUGUCAACAUGUUUGUAAUGCCAUACAAUUAUCCUGUGUUAUUACCUUUACUAGAAGAAUUAUUUAAAGUACAUAGAUGCAAACCUAGCAAUGACUGGAAAACACAUUUUGGAAAUUAUCUAAGAACGAUGCCACCUUAUUAUGCAGCUCCAUUAAAAAGAGCUCUAAUUAGAAUGGGAGCUCCUGCACCUUUAGCAUCAGCUUUAAUUACUGAUUCUAUGGAAAAUUCACUAAGUUACUUAGUUCUAAAUUAUUUGAAACGUGCUAAAACACAAGCCAAAAUCGAAUUUGAUAAACUAUGUAAUGAUGUUAUCAGCAAACAGAAUAAUGGUAAACAUGGGGUACCAAAUGAAACAGUGCGAGUUGUUGCGAGAUCUCCUUUUAAAAAGGAUCUUCUAUCGCAUCCACAGCUCCAAGACAAAUUUUCACAGUUGAGAGAACAACUUAAUGAUUUUAGUGGGUUUGUUGAUUUAUCGAAAUCUCGUCAAAAAAGUAGUUGUAGUUUUAGGAAUCCAUUUGAUAUAUCACGGAGUGUUUUAUUAGAUCAGGUUGUUCGUAUGAGGGCAAACUUUUUGCAGCCUUCUUUAUCUCAUACACAAUUAAUAGAUGAUGACAGCUUGCACUCAAUGCCUGUAGGUCAAAUGGGAAAUUAUCAGGAACAUUUGAAACGAAUGACACCACAAUUGCGAGAACUUGAAAGUCAACCUGUCAGACAACACAUGUUUGGAAAUCCUUUCAAGAUAGAUAAACGAAUGAUGGUGGAUGAAGCUGAUAUAGACUUAGUUGGAUCCACAUCAAAAAGCCCCAAACGUUUGACACCAAUGGAACCUGCCUCGCCUAGAAUAAACAAUAAGCGAAAAGCUGGACCUCUUCCAAGAGACUUCCGUUUUAGUAAACCUGAAAGUCCAAUUCACGAAACAUCUUCAUACCCUUCAAGUCCGUCUUUAUCUCCCUCCUCUCAUGUUUACACUCCUGCGAGUCCUAUAUCAUCAGGAUAUUCCAACCCUGUCUUAUUACCUCCUGUGUAUACAAUGAGCUCUGAAUUGAUUGCAAGUUUAGGGACUCCAGUGGUUACAAUAGCGCCGAUGCAAAAUUUAGAAUCUGGCAUUGUUUCUCCCUCCUGGUCAUCUUUAGGUUCUUCAAGCUUGUCCACAUCAAUUCAGACGUCAAACAAUUUACUUAAUCCUCUUGAUGAUAUCGAUCUACUUAAUCCUAUGAGCAGUCAAGAUUUGCAAGAUAAUGGUGGCAGAUUACAAAUAGAUUAUAGAUUUGUAAAUGGAGAUAGUAAAAACGUUCAAGCAGAAUCUACAAGAUCUCCUUCACCUACACUGCCUUAUAAUCCUGAACCAGGAAAUGGUGAUCGACCACUUCCAACAUAUUCUAAUCAUGUUAAAAAUAGUAGCAGUAUUGCAAAUUUAAGUCAAGAAAAACAAAUAUCAAUGAUACUUCAAGAAGUUAAUUCGAAUGGUGGAGAUUUUACUAAACGAUCUGGUUCAAUUAGUAAUAGUAAAAAGUCUACUAAUGGACCUGUGGAGGAGGCACCACGAAAAAAAAAUACAAAGCAGGAUUUGUUAGAUAUUAAAAAACAUAAUUUGUCGGUUAGGAAGCUAGUUUACAAAGAAGUUCGGAGACCUGGGAGAAAUUUUGCUCCACUAUUCGAUCACCUAGAAACUAUGCAAGGAACCUUAGAUGUCCGAGUUCUCUUAGUGAAAGAAAUCAUUAAGGAAUGUUUACGAUUUAAAAGAAAGACAUUAGCUAGUUUGUUAGAGGAAUUUUUAAAAAGAAUCCAGAAUGGAUUACAACCUAAAUUGAAGGAUCUUUAUCAAGCAGUUGCCAACAAGAGCUUAGUGUGA